CUUGUUGCAGAUGAUGAUGCACAGUUCUUGCAUGAGCUUGCAGUAAGUUUGGAAGAAAUUUGUGCCGGCUACAGAUGAAAAUGGUCGGUGUGGAGAUGACAGUCCUGGUUUGUCUUCUGAUAUUACAAGUCUGUCUUGUGAGGAAUACAAGCAUGGCUUUCAGCCUAAAUCAAAAGGAAUGUGACCUGACCGUUCAGGGGGCUGUGAUCCUCGGCAGCGGAGGGGGUGGACCAUUACCAUUUGCAAGGAAAAUAAUCGCGGAGAUAACCAGCCCUGCUGAAGUGAAACAACUUGAUAGUGUCCAUGAUGACGACUGGUUGACUAUGAUUGCCUUGGUUGGGCAACCCUCAAAGGUUCACGACGUUCUUCCAGGCAGGCACGUUGAGGCCUUUGAUGUACCAGACGGACCAGUCCGAAACGAUGCGCGGAUGCCGAAAUUCGCGGUGAACAAAGAUGCGCCUUUGAGUUUCUUCGUCAAUGGCCCUUUGAUCCCAAAAAGUUCUGUUGAUGUAGUCGACAGUUCUGAUUUUGAUAGUGUGGACGGCUCAACAGCGUCUGAUGGCGUUGUGGUGAAUCCAAACGUAGCGGCCAGGAACGCACUGAGAUUUUUACAAGCACAGUGUCGUCUGCGAGCGAAGGAUCCAGACGAUUACCCACGUUUUCAGUCAUUUCAGAAGUUGACGCAUCUUCUGACUGGUGAGUUGGGUGCCGUCAACAUCGCGGUUAGUUUGUAUCUAUCGUCGGCUAUGAAUAUUCCUGUGGCGGAUUGUGAUGGCGCUGGUCGCUCUGUCCCGUUAAUUAGCCAAAUCACCUACGCCGAUCGCUUCAAUGUUUCCCCGACUGUCAUUGUGUCGCCCCUGGAUGAUAAAGCUUUUGAGAGCAUCGCGUCCGUCACGCUGGACUUUCCGGCAGGGACAGAAGGUAUGGUACAGCUAAUAGCCAAGUCAUUGCUUUCGAGUGAGGAGGGUCCAUUUGCCCACGGCUACAUCGGCUACGGUACGUAUGUCGUCAGCGGCGCCGAGGUAAGGGGUGUCCCAGUUGAAAACAGCUUAUCUAUGGCUUUCGAGAUAGGAAAGGUGCUGAACGAAAGCAAAGGUCGAAAACGUGCUGACGAUAUAUGCGCAGUGAUGCAGAAAUACAAGAGAGACUGCGCAGUUGUCUUCCACGGCAAUAUUUCUGACAAGUUACUUCACGAUGAUUUAACCGUUCACGAUAUUGGUUAUGUAACAGUUAGAGAUGAUGAUAGCAGUGAGAUGCAACUCUGGUACAAGAACGAAGUCAUGCUUGCGGGGCCUAAGGGGCAACCACCGAAGUACAUGGCCCCCGACUCAAUCUGCAUUGUGCCAGCAGAGGGCGAGCCAUUCGAUGUGUCCACCAUCACUCAACGUCAGAAAGAAGGGGUUGAAAUUUACGUUAUUGUUAUCGCCGCAGACGAGAAACUAAAGAACAAGAAAAUAGUUGAAAGUUUUGAGAAAAUAUACGAACUCUUUGAAGAUGGUGACCAAGACGUGUACAGGGGCCGCUAUGUUCCUUGGUCAGCCUCGAGAUAGGCCUUUGGAAGAUACAUUUUAUAUCUAGAAUGUUUGAGCUGAUCGAGAUUUGAAAUAUUUUCGAUCAUAGAUUAUUCUAAAGCACACUGAUUGCGGUCUUGUUAUUUUACACAGAACCUCGUUUUCGUUGUAGUGGUUUGGCUGUCGCAACCAUAACCGCUUGGUUUAGUACUUAAAGGGACUAUAUAGGCAGUAGCUAGGCAGGCAAGAUAAAGUUACACGAAGUCGCCAAUAGGGGUCUCUCGCAUCUCACAAAUCGUCGAAAUGAUUCCCGCUUGUACGAGGAAUAUAUUAGUGCUGAAUCUGACAUGACCUAGUGCCCUUACUCAGUAUAUUAGUCACCUGAAGAUGGCCAAAUUAGCCACUCUGCUCCUGCCUAUAGUCCCCCUUUAAUAUGGAUGCAGUCAAAGAGCAGCAAAUGUCAUUUCAGUGUUUAGUUUGAGGUGUAUUUUAUAGUAGAAGUUGAUACCUCACUCUCGGUAUUCGAUAUCUGGUGAUGGACCUGCCAUUUCACCCGUUUUGGCGUACAUUUUAGCUCCGCCCUCGCGGUGUUUGGUGAAUCGACCAAAAGCCCAGUUCGGUAUCAAUUCCUUGAACUGUGAACGUUAUGAUAAUGAAGAGUGGGUUUCUGGCUGUCGCGAGUCAAAAGUACGUGUAGUCACAAUUAGUUAUUUUGAUCAUGUUACACAAGUAUCGUCGAUUGAAAGACGCCAACCACACCAGUGAGUAAUUGUCGAUUUCCAGACAAACGCUGGAGCCAAGUGUAGUUUUGCUGCGGUUGCAAUGAAAGCGGGAAAGCGCUCCAUUGGAAUUAUAUAGGGGUUUUACGCCUUUAAGAACUGGCAUUUUUAUCGAUCUGGGCUGCUAAAAAGGUCGACAAGGACUGCCAUGGUUUUCUGGUUCCAGAGAUAAGCGCCAAUGUCAAUAAUUGUCCAUUGAUCUUGGCCAUAUCGCAACAAAGCAACACAGGCAGUAGUCUGGACCAAUGAAUUUGCCUCUGGAAGAAGGUGGAUUCAGUUAUUUAGCAGAACGAGUUUUGAGUGAUCUCGUAGCCAAUCGCGAUCGAGUGGCUUCUGCUUUUGGGUCAUCUACUGCCUGCACUGGGCUGUGACUUGCCUCCGGCCUUUGUAGCUAUCGUCUAAUAAUGUCCUUGAUAGCCCAAUAAUACUCCCCUUAACAAAUGGAACUACAUGUACUCCCUUAAUCAGGGAUACAACGAGUCCAGGACUAGCAACAUUGCUGAUAAUAAAAGUUGUU